AUGACCUUGCUUAACUGGUUAAACAGUGGCGAACGAAAAACUCCAGAUGAUAAAAGAGAUGUUGAAGAGAACGGUGCUAGCUGUGACCAACCAGACCCUUCGAAACGAAGGAUCAUCUCAAAGGACAAAGAUUUUGAGAAGGAACUUAAGAAUGUAGGAGGUAAUACAAUUAAUCCUUCUGCUCAACCGCUGGACCACGGGCUUCUCUGCAUCCUCGGUGCCGGUCGGGCCAACCAGGCGCGAGCGGAAUCGCCGCGGCAGCGUGUGGUGGGCGGAGAGCCGCGGCCGCCGGGUCCCGGCGUCUCGUCUCGGUGCAGCCUGUUUAUUCCAUCCGCCGCCACCAACCUGCCCCCAUUGUCGGCAUUCGCUCCGCGCCCGCUACUCAGCUUGCAGCGUCCGCUGCCCGCUGCUGUCCGCCGCAUCGCCGGCGCGUCUUCUGCCUCCACGGACCGGCCCGGCUUCGCUCCGGGCACAGCCGCAGGGGUGGAUACUCCGCCGAUAGACCCGUCGCACGCGAGGUCCGCUGCAUACUACGGCUCCAAGAUCGCGGGGCACCGAGGCAUGUUCUGCUAUCAUUGCCCGCCGUCGCUGCACCCUUCGAGCGCACCACGGCUGCCAACCUUAGAUUACCCCUUCACGCCGACGCAUCCCUACACGAGCUACUCCUACCACCCCGCCAUCCACGAUGACACGUUCGUCCGCCGCAAGCAGCGACGCAACAGGACCACCUUCACCUUGCAACAGCUGGAGGAACUGGAGAGCGCGUUCGCGCAGACGCACUACCCGGACGUCUUCACCCGCGAGGACCUCGCCAUGAAGAUCAACCUCACGGAGGCCCGAGUGCAGGUCUGGUUCCAGAACCGGCGCGCCAAGUGGAGAAAGGCGGAGCGCCUCAAGGAGGAGCAGCGCAAGCGAGAGGAGCAGGAGAGGGGCAAGAGGGACCCCGACAAGGACGCCCUCGACGUCGACAAGGUGGAGUCCCGUGAGGGAGCGAGCCCUGUAGAGGACAUGGAGGCGGCGUCGACGUCUGCGCCAGUGGUGCACGCGGACACGAGCCGGUCGCCGCUGAGCUGCAGCGACGCUGGCGACACCGACGUCGGCGCGUCAGGCGCUCCCGGCUCCGCGUCCGCUUCCGCCCCCGCGCCGGCGCAGCAGACGGAGGCGCCGCCCCCGCUGCCUCCCCUGCUGGCGGAGGCGUCAGCGGCGGGGGCGGCGGCGGGCGCAGAGGCCAACUCGCUGCCCGCGUCCUACAGUCCCAGGGGCGGCUUCCGGCCCGUUCUGGACUCGGGACCUUCGCGAGGAGCGCCUCCUCUGUUCUUCCCGCCGCACUUGACGUCACACCUCAGCUCACAGUUCACGCCACCGCUCUUCCCGGGACUCAAAGGUCAGUCACAUCCCUAA